AUGACUUGCCUAACACUUCCCACGACCCUCCGUCUUCCUCAUCCAUACUUGACGACAUAUCGCAUCCACCAAGUUGACAGCCGGCAAGCUCCGACGCGAUAUGGCACGAAGCUCCUCCAGAUCAAGCACGAGCCCAGAAGCUCUGCCAAAACGCCAACACAGCAGGAUGGCCAAGCUCCACCGGAGCAGCUGCACAGCAGUGUUGCCUUCUCGAACCCCAUACAAGACCAGAGAGAAGAUCAGCUCCCGCCUGAAUCCAACAACUUCUUCUGGGGUCGCGUGCGGCGAGCACCAAAGUCAGACUUUGUGUGGAACGAGCCCCACGCGCCAACCAUUGCUCAAGCGUGGUUGAUCGUGUAUGCACUCUUCACCUUGCGACCGGAGCUGGAGUACUUUCGAUUGGGACUGGUCGGUGUGGACAGCCACAAGCUCGCUGGUGAGCUCAAGCUUGUCCACUUGGCAGUCCAGCAUCCCGUGCCUGAAGGCAAGGCAAGCACAGAUUCAGAAGCAUAUGCAAAUGAGUUGGUCUUGACGCGAGCCACCUUCUGGCAAGGAGCAGGGUCUCCCUUCGGACCGCGGCCAGUAUGGUCUCCAGAUGCUCAGAAAGGCCUCGUGUCGGGCAGAGAUCUGGCAGAAUACCCGGCAUUCCCCCAAGACUUCACUGCGACCACCAGGUUCCCGACAGAACGCGUUCAUGCAUUCCAUCCUCGCAGACCAUUGAAGCCGGCACCGGGCUCUCUGAUCUACAGCAGAUACAUCCCUCAUCUAGACGAGCACUUCAGCAUGUAUGCGCUGGACUACCACAAUGAUGAGCAUCUAGGCCUAUUCAACCAAUGGCAGAACGAUCCAUUUGUAGCAGCAGGCUGGAACGAGACGGGUACAUUGGAUCAGCACAGAACAUAUCUCAAGAAUCUGCACGACGAUCCUCACACCAUGACGCUCCUCGCCAAGUUUGACGAUGUCUUCUUUGCAUAUUAUGAGGUCUACUGGGGCAAAGAGGACCACUUCGGCGUCUACUGCAACGCCGGUGACUACGAUCGUGGUCGACAUGCCUUGGUCGGCGAUACUCGCUUCCGAGGCAAGCCCAGAGUCUCCGCCUGGUGGUCCAGCACAAUCCAUUACCUGUUCCUCGACGAACCACGCACGCAAGAAGUCAUCGGAGAGCCAAAGCUCACGAACGCAACGGUCCUGUCCUACGACCUGAUGACUGGAUUCAACGUGACGAAGCAUGUGGACCUUGGUCACAAAAGAAGUGCCGCGGAGAAAGUCAGCAGAGAACGAUUCUUUCAGAUCUGCCCGCUGCACUUCGACGGCGAGACGAAUGUCGGUGGGACGGGCAUCAAGCUCUUUGCCAAGUUAUGA